AAAGUAAUAUACCUAGAGCAUGAAUCAACACCUUUGACCGGCACUGGCUCACAGCUGCAAUGUUCUGCCUAACGCCUCUGAAUUACCUAGCCUCCCAUUCUAAUAUCUGCAUCAACUUUGGUCAUCACCCAUAAUCAUUUAAACAGCUUGUAUUUUGCACGACGACAGCACCAUGGGACAGGCUGCGUCCAGGUGGACGCAGAGAAGAGGUGCAGAUACACUGCGCGAGCUAAUUCCCCAGAAGACGCCUGGUCAUGAUGUUCCAGCUCCAAACUUUCGACGUGCAACUCUCCUUGCAGCUCUUUCAAACGUGGCGGCUGCGAUCAACAAGAAACAUGGAAACGUCACCAUCAUCGCUGUUGGCGGCGCAGUCAACACCAUUUAUCUGCAGUCUCGUGAGGCUGCGCACGAUGUCGACUUCUUCAACGACAAUCUGACACCUGAAGACUUCGAGCACCUUGUGGCGGGCAUCCGGUCUGCAUCAAAGAAGGACAAGACAUUGACUUCAGACUGGCUCAACAACCGCACUGUAUUCUUUAUCCCAAAGGAUAAACAACGAACGCUCUCGCAGCAAGCAUAUGAACAGCGGGAAGUCAUUUUCGAGGAGCCUGGCUCAACUGUACUCGCUGCGCCUUGGGAAUAUGCAUUCUGCUGUAAGAUCGACCGCCUUUCUGGAGCUGGGCUUCAUACUCCUGAGUCAUACGAUGCGAGCGAUGCUGUUGAAUAUUUGCACCGUUACUUGACUAAGCUGAAGCUUAAAAAUAUUCCAAAAUCAACCGUCCAGGCCUAGUAUGCUCAGUUUUCGCUUGAAUGGAAUGCCAAGACAGACGAAGUUCUUCAGUCUAAUAACGAUUUAUUUGUAAAGCGCUUUGGGGUCAAGGCCCCCAUCAUCUAAUGCUUUGCGCACUACAAAACGCAGACUCUCUGUGCUUCCACGAUCCGAGGAAAUGCCAAACAUUGAAUCACGCGAUAAGGAGCUUGUUCGGUAAUAUGGCAUGUCUUUGCGGUGGCAUCUCCGGAGAAACCCCCACUUGUUCCGGCCUACCGGCAGCGGCCGGAAAGAAGAGCGUCAAGGGCGGGGCGGGGCACGGAAUUAGAAAAGUCGG